UAUCAUCAUAUCGGAAGAAAUACCGAAGUGCAUACGGUUGCCAUCUCAAAAAAAUUGAUGCAACGAAUAUUACAUCUAUGUGCCCAUUCCGUUGGAAGAGCAUGCCUUUCUGUGGAAGGAUUGUAAGCAUCGAUCUGGGAGUAAGAACACCAUUCACAUGUUACGAUACAAGAGGAUUGGUUAUCGAAUGGGAUGAUCAACAGAACGAAAAGAAAAAUUUGAUCCAAGGUGAUGAGAUCAAUGCUCACCUGGCAAAAUUACGAGCUCAAGCAAUUUUUUGUUGCAUAAAUCUCACGAAUAUUUUUGACAAGAAUGUGAUUAUAUGUGAAGAGUCAUAUACUUCACAAACGUGUGGAUGGUGUGAGUGGCGUAAUAAGAAUCUAAAGAAAAAGAAGAUUUUUUCGUGUAAAGAAUGCAAAUUAACGUUGGAUCGUGAUUUUAACGGGGGUGCAUCACCCGAAGAUCGACCAUAG